AUGAGGGAACACAUAUCAGAAGCGUGGAAAAAUUCUUAUGAUGCACCACUAAAUUUUCAGUAUCCCACAGGACACUCAAUUUCUGAGAUUACCAGGUGCAAGAGAAGUCCUCCCUCCACUUCGUGUUUCUGGACUGGUUAUGUCAAUGGAUUUGAUCAAGCAUUCCACUACAGCUGUCCAGAUAAUCACAUUAUUUCAGGAAUGUCAAGCUAUCAUCAAAACCGGCAAGAAGAUCGAAGAUGGAAAUUCUACUGCUGCAGAAUAAACAACUACUGCAACCAUUACUGCUACUGGACACCCUACGUGAACACCUUUGAUGAGCGAUUCACUUGGUAUGUUCCUCACCAUAACGACCUGGUUGGAGUUGGAAGCUACCAUAACAAUAGGGCUGAAGAUCGUCGCUGGCGGUUUAGGUACUGUGCAAGAACUUGUUGA